CAGGAUGUACGUCCGCCCAUUUCCGUUUCCAGCAAUUAAUAAACAGAUGGCACGCGCCUUUGCUGACCCUGCUAGACCGAGUUCGAGCGCGGACGGAUGACGGAGUUCUCUCUUCGGCUAAGUUCUUUUGAAAGUUUUGUCUUCUGCUGGGUGGACGAAGCACGACUCACCUGACAGAUGGAGUUCCCGGUGGAGGCGACUCUAAACAUGGAGCCUUUUCAAGACAAGAAGGAAGUGCUGAGUCUCCUGAAGUCACAUGGCUUUGCGGUGAACAAAAUAGGUGGAGACAAGGUGCGUGUCAAAGGAAAUUUUAAGGAGCUCAGAGCCGUUAAAAUUCACUUGGAGAAGCUCAUGGCGACCAAAGUGCACCGAUCUUCCUCAUCUUCGGGGAAGGAGUCGGGCUCUGGAUUGGCCUCCUCACUGGAUUGUAAGGAAACGUCUCCUCCAGACCAGCAAGGGUCAGUGCGGCCCAGAGAUGAGUUGAUUGUUGUGGACAGAGACGUGUUCAGUUACGCUGAAGAGUUCAGGAGAAAGGAUCUCGAUGAAGCCCUGAAAGGCCCUGUUAGCAUGUGUUCGGAGAAAACCGGUGAAAGCGUCACCAUAACCUUAUCUGGAAAGAACUCCAGGGAGGCAAGAAGUAAAGUCGAGCACCUCCUGGCUGAUCUAAACAAGUUCCUGCGCACACAGGACGUUCUUCUGAGCAACCUGAGUCCACAGGGGGCGUGUCUUUUACAGAAAAUGGAGAAAAGCGGAAACAUUUCAGGCUCCAACCUGGUGUUGCUCAUAGGUGACAGGGUUCACAUCAUCGGCCCUUCUAAAGAGAGUUUCGAGCUGAAGCAGCAGCUGCUGGUCGACCAAACAGAGCGCAACGGAAAGUCUUCUGAAAGGCACGGGAGAAGGACGAGGAGUCUGUCUUUACGACAGCUCUUCAGAAGAAAGUCCAGAAGGGAUGUUCGAGAAGUCUUCCAUCCCGCCGCAGUUGAAGCAGCGGUUCCUGCUGGAGCUUCUGCUGCUCGACGCCAAAGUGGGCCUCAACGGGCACGCAGAUCCUCCGAGACUCAAAAAAGAAAGAAGGCCGAAAGAUUGGAAGAUGGAGAACAGGAAGUUUGUUCUCCGAAACAAAGAAAGAGUUUCUUUGGUCGAUUUUUUUCAUUUUUCAGAAAAUCUUAAGCGGACCCAGUGAAUCCAUUGCUGUCAUCUAGUGGUGAAAUUGUGAAUUACAGUAAAGAAGGGACGCUGAUGACAAGUCCUAAACAAAUCAGAUUACAGGCAAAUUUAAAUUAGAUUACUUUUCUUUAAUAUUUAGGUGUUGGAAUAAUCUUAGGAGAGUGUGUGUGUGUGUGUGUGUGUGGGGGGGGGGGGGGGGGGCGUGGCAGAGUAACAGUAUUUGCCUACCAAAUGCAGCUGGUGUGAACAGAGCAGUGAAGCUGUUCCUUCAGAUGCUUUACCUCACUGACCCCCAUCGUCAUGAGGAGAAGCCAAAUUUUAGCGUUCCCCGAGGGAUUAUUGGAACUUUGAUUGGUCAGUUCUCUCUCCUGGCUAUGGAUCCCUUCAGGUGGAGAGGAUCUAAACAAACAAACAUGGAGGACACUCAUCUGUCUAUGGAUGUCCGUCUAGGCUUCAUCACCAAUCCUAGAGAAUGUAGUGAAGUAACUCUUUGCUUCAGCCCGGUAUAGAGUUGGUUCAGCUAGGUCCUUGUUUUUCCUUAAGGUAGUUUCAACACCUUCUGGACUCCAGCUCUGACCAAUAGAAGGAAUCCGCCAUCGUUCUAAUACCUACAAUAACACAACUAAAGGAUGGAAGGACUGACAUCAGUUCUGUGUUGAAACACUGCUGACCGAGCUGGAACAGACACUUCAGCCUUUAAAUUUGUUUACGUGCCUCUGGGCUAGCUUAGCUAACACGGGAAUCCAUCUGUGCUCUGCCGGCGAACUCAGAAAAGGUGAAUGGGGAAUGGGAGGUUUGGGAAUCAUCAUUGGAAGACAUUUUUUGAAUUAUUUUUUAGGGUCUGGUUCCAUUGUCCCGGGGUUUUCAUGUUUUUUAGAUGCUGAUAAUACUUCUCUGUCUUUAGGUUUCUGGACGUGAUUCACCGACUACCACAUGUCCGCAUUUAGUACAGUAUUUCCACACUAUAGGGCGCAACGGAUUAUAAGGCCCACUGUCAAUGAAUGGUCAUCUAUAAGGCACAACGAACUAUAAAGUGUAUUAAAUGAGACAAAAAGUCAGACUUUGAUUACUGGGUUCACUGUAACUAUAAAACUGGGGGGUAUUCCAGAAAGCAGGUUAUGCUAGUUACCUCGGUAAGUUUGAGGCUAAGGAAGUGGAUAACCUCAGCUUUCGGUUCCAAAAACAGAGGUGUG